UUGGAACAGGAGUUUCGUGCACGUCUGUCCAACUUGACGGAACGCGAACAACAGCUUCAGGAGCGAAUUAUUUCAGUGACGAGGACAGAAGAUAGAGAGGCAUUUUUACGAAGACAGCAGGUCCAAACUGAACUAGAAUCGGUUCAAGUUCAAGCUGCACACGUGAAGGAAGAAAAAGAACAGUUGAACAGAGAAAGAAGGCGGUUAUUGGAAGAAGAGAACCGACGCGAACAGCAGUUAGCAGAGCGAGAAAGAAAGUUGGCCGAAAAUGAAAGCCUGUUUGAAAUCAGGGUAAACCAGGAGAUUGAACGAUUAAGGAUUGGAGAGCAACUACGCUUAUCGCAGCAGAAGAAUGAGCUGGAAUUGUGUAAGCUUCGUCUUGAUGACCGAAAAGAAAACAUGAAAACGCUGGAGUCAGAAAGACAGAUGGUACAAUCCAUCAAGGUUGAGUUAAUGGAGAAGAAGAAAAGGUUUUCAGAAAUGGAACUUGCAGAAUAUGACUUGCUGAAGGAACAAAAAGAGAGUCUAAAGAAAGAUGUUGAACUACUCAAAAGUCAGCUGAAGAAAGCCCAAAAGGAGAUUGAAGGUCAUAAGGGAGCACUUACAACCGCUCAACUUGAAUUGGAUGCAGUCAAAACCUUGAAACAAGAAGUGGAAUUGCUUCGGACCUAUUUGAACAACGAACGUGCCUCUUUCAGCCAUGAGAAACGGCAACUACAAACACAAAUAGAUGAACAGGCUAAAGAAAACAGAGAAUUAUCUGAACGACUUUCUCGAAGUGAGAAAGAGGUUGCCCAUUUACGGAGAAGUCUAACUGAUAUUUGCACGGGUCAUCGUCGAGAGGAGGUCGCGAAGGUUGCACACUUCGGGCUUUUGAACUCUGGAGACGCUGAUCAAGAGACGAAAGGCGUCCCGCUUACGGACAGUGAACCCAGUAGUCGUGACAGCCCGGUGAACUUGAAAAUGAGGGCACCAAUGCACCAUUCUUCAAGAUCCCCUCAAGGAACUCAAGCUGACUACUGGGCAAAACGUCUCGAAGAAGCCCGGCAGAGAAUGGCGAAGCUCCAGUGUGAGUCAGAACGCCUUGAAACUGUUUACGAACGUUGGCGAGCUUCGAAAUGGGGAGAGGCUUCAACAAUGGAGCCACAGGAGACCUAUGGUAUCUACUCUACGCCACUCACCGGUCCUACGUCGAGCAUCAGUUGGCAUUCACAACUUCCUGUCCGAUCAACGCUCUCUGGGCUUCUAUUGCCAACCUCAUACGUUCAGGAUUUCAGCGCUGAGAAGCCAUCAAAAUCAUCGAUGGAUACACCUCAGCAGGAUGAGCGGGAACCUUCAGAAAAGCCUAGUCAAUCACAUUGGUGA